UAGCUUAAAGCCAUACUUAACUAGUAAAAGAAAACUCCAAGUCGGGCCGGGUCAUUGGUGUUGUUGGUAUUGGGCUUUAGUUAUUCAUUCAUUCAUUCAGAUCUCAAAUCUCAAAAAAGCAAAAAAGGGUCAGCUCCUCGCCGAUUAGGGUUUUACAAAAUACCUCUCUCUCUCACUCUCUCUUUCAGCUAAACCAAAUUCUCUUCUUAGGCAUAACGAUGACUGCUCAAUCUCAAGAAGAACUCCUUGCUGCCCACCUCGGACAACAAACACUUGAUUCUGAGGAACCAAUCAUUGAGGAUGAAGAAGAUGAUGACGAUGACGACGAUGAUGAGAAAGAUGAUGCUGAUGCUGAAGAGCUCGGAGAUGGUAGUGGCAGGUCUAAGCAGAGCAGGAGUGAGAAGAAGAGCCGAAAAGCGAUGCUAAAGCUAGGAAUGAAGCCAAUCCCAGGGGUCAGUCGUGUAACUGUGAAGAAGAGCAAAAAUAUACUAUUUGUCAUUUCAAAACCAGAUGUAUUCAAGAGCCCAAAUUCAGACACAUAUGUCAUAUUUGGUGAAGCAAAGAUUGAGGACUUGAGCUCACAAUUGCAGUCUCAAGCUGCAGAGCAGUUCAAGGCUCCUAAUCUGAGCAACGUUAUAUCGAAGCCAGAGCCAUCUACUGUGGCUCAGGACGAUGAGGAUGUAGACGAGACCGGCGUAGAACCAAAGGAUAUAGAGCUUGUGAUGACUCAAGCAGGAGUUUCCAGACCCAAAGCUGUCAAAGCUCUCAAGGCUGCAGAUGGCGACAUUGUCUCUGCUAUCAUGGAGCUUACAAACUAGGAUGCUUUCUGAAUCUUAUGAGCAGUGCUUUCUUUGAAUAUCUAGAGGUCUCGUGAGCUUUAAAAGUUUUGAAUUGCUGCUCCUUUUUAUCUCUGUGUCCUUGUUUAUUUUACCGUAUGUCUGUCGUUGUAUACCAGAUUGGAUUGUUAUUUUUAUGUAAGAGAGAAGGGUUUAAACUA